AUGCUGCGCUGCCCCUCCUGCCACCUACUCCUCUGGGAGCCAGUGACUGUGUCCUGCGGACACUCCUUCUGCAAGUCGUGCCUCGGGGGGACCGUCCCCUCACGCUGCCCUCUCUGCCAGGAGAAGCUGAUGCUGCUGGGCGUCGGUGCGGCGAGGUGCAACGUGGUGCUCUGCGGCCUCCUGGAGAAAUGCGUGGAGCAGGAGAGCCGGGUGGCCUGGCUAGUAGCACAGGUCCAGGACCGUGUCACCCGUGGGGACCUUCAGGAAGCGCUGAGGAUGGUUCAGAAAGGGCUCGAGCUGGCCCCAGACUCCCAUUCCCUGCGGCUGUGCCGGGCAGAGGCUUUCGCAGCACUGAGGCAGCACCCACAGGCACUUGAGGACCUGGAUGCCAUGUGCAGGGCUGAGCCUGGAGAGAUUGAGGGAUUCUUCAGGAAAGGGAAGGUGCUUCUGGAGAUGGGACAGAAAGCUGAAGCCUUGCUGGCAUGGGAACACUGCCUGACACUCAAUCCCCAUUUCCACCCUGCUUGGAGAGAGAUGGAGAACUGUAUCCUCAUGCAGGAGGAUGCUUCGCAGCCACACACAGCUGCUGUGUGCCCAGGUGAUGCCCACCGGGACUCGAGUGGUCCUCAGGUCAAUGGAGGGAGCCCUGCUCUCCCAUCAUCUUCCACACAAGCUCAGGAUCAGGAGGGAGAGGCGGCAGAUGGCAGAGGGGAUGCAGGGUCUGAGCACAGCCAGGGGACAGCCACCUGUACCCAGCCGGGGCCAUGGCAGGAGCCUGCAGCAGAGAGGCAGGGCCGGUGGCUGGUAGAUAACAAAGAGGAAACAGCAGCAGCAAAGUGGACGCAGCUGUGCCUCGAGGAGCUGCUGAGUGUAUCUGACUUGGAGUGUUCCCUCUGCAUACGGCUAUUCUUUGAGCCUGUGACAACCCCAUGUGGGCACACCUUCUGCAAGGAAUGCCUGGAACGCUGCCUGGACCACCGGCCCACCUGCCCCCUCUGCAAACAGAGCCUGAGAGAGUACUUGAAGGCUGGAAGCUACAGCCCCACUGUGCUGCUGCAGGACAUCCUGCUGGCCGCCUUCCCCACACAGCUGGCUGAGCGCCGAGAGCUGCACCAGGCUGAAAUGGCAGAGCUCUCCAACCUGACCAAGAGCAUCCCCAUCUUCGUAUGCACAAUGUCCUUCCCAGGCAUUGCCUGCCCCCUGCACGUCUUUGAGCCUCGCUACCGCCUCAUGAUCCGGCGGUGCCAGGAGACCGGCACCAGGAGGUUCGGCAUGUGUGCAUAUGAGAACGGGAAAAGUUUUGCUGACUAUGGCUGCAUGCUGGAGAUCCGUCAGAUCGAGCUGCUGCCGGACGGGAGGUCCUUGGUGGACACCAUCGGCAGGCGGCGGUUCCGCGUGCUGAGCCGUGGACACAGGGACGGCUACAACACUGCCGACAUCGAGUACCUGGAGGACAAGAAGGUGGCUGGGGAGGAGCUGCAAGAGCUGCAGUGCCUGCACGAGAGCACCUACCGCUUGGCUCAGCGGUUCUGUGAGCAUGGAGACCUGCCCUCCAGGCACAUUUUGAUGCAGCAUGGACCACUGCCAGAGAAGGAAGAGGACAUCCAGGCUUCAGCAGACGGCCCAACGUGGUGCUGGUGGCUCAUCUCCAUCCUGCCCCUGGACCCGUCCUACCAGCUGAACCUCUUCUCCACCACCUCCCUCCGUGCCCGCCUCGUGCAGCUGCAGCGCAUCCUCACUGCCCUGCUGCAGCAGCCCCCUGCCAGGCAGCCCCUGCCCGAGCACAGCCCUCGGGGUCGUGUCUGA